AUGGAGAAUCCAUAUGAACGUCAACAAAAGAAUAUAUUAUCACGUAUAAUUGUUAAUGUAGAACGUUUAAAUCAAAGUGUAAUUACAUUGAAUCAAGAGCUGGCCAAUGUUAAUAAGAAGAAUAAGAAUAUUGAAAUUAUUGGACAAAUUUGUGAAAAUUACCAUAAUAGUACACAAUUUAAUUUAGAUGCAACAGGGAAUAGAAAACCACCCUUCUAA